AUGUCUAUGGAAGUGCCCAAAGGGCGUGUUCAGACGCUUUCCCGGAGUGAAGAAGUCCAUCUCAAGCAAUUGUGGGCCCAUCUUUUCCAACAUUGGGGCAUCCAUGUAAAUAGUGAACAGGUUCUUGCCGCUCAAAAGACGGGCCCAAAAACCGCAGAUGCAUCGGUAGCUAAUGGGACAUCGCCAUCCUCGUCAUCACACGCAAAAAAUGGCGAUGCCAAGCCGUCUAAAAAGUCAGGCAAGCUGUUCAGCAAGUUCCGUAAAGCAACUAGCAGCAGCGGAUCUAGCGAAAGCAAGGACUCCCGAGAACGGCCCAGAGCAACGUCAGCUGCUUCGAGAAGGUCGGCUGAAGACAUCGAACAAAGAUAUGUGCCAAGCAUGACCCAUCAGGCCUUCAACGAUCUUUCGGCCAAAGAGGUCAGCGAGAAUUUUUGGGACAUGAUCAGAACUGACUAUCCCGAUAAUCUCAUUUUGAGAUUUCUGAGAGCUCGUAAGUGGGAUACUGACAAGGCCCUGGGAAUGCUGGCCCACACACUUCACUGGAGGUUGAAAGAAGCUCGCCCCGAUGCAAUCAUCCGGGGCGGUGAGCGUGCUGCCUACGAAGACAAUGAGACUGGAUACAUCAAGAACAUUGAGCUUUGUAAGGCUUCGCUACAUGGUUUCGAUUUGAAGGGCCGCCCCGUCGUCUUGGUUCGCCCUAAGUUGCACCACGCCAGCGACCAAACGGAGGAUGAAAUGAAAAAGUACUGUCUUCUAAUCAUCGAACAGGCAAGGAUGUUUUUAAAAGAGCCUGUAGACUGUGCAACGAUUCUUUUCGAUUUGACUGGGUUCUCAAUGUCGAACAUGGAUUAUUCACCGGUCCAAUAUCUUAUCAGCUGUUUCGAGGCUCAGUACCCUGAGUGCUUGGGCCACCUAUUCAUCCACAAAGCUCCUUGGAUUUUCCCUCCAAUUUGGAAUAUCAUUAAAAACUGGUUGGAUCCAGUGGUAGCCUCCAAGAUCGUUUUCACCAAAAACACUGAAGAUUUGGCAAAAUAUUUGCCCAUGAAGUACAUCCCCAAAUACUUGGGUGGAGAUGAUGACUAUGAUUAUGAUUCGUUCAACAAACCUACGGAAUCUAGCGACACAAAAUUAAAGGAUAUAGAAACUCGCGACGCCAUAUUAAAGGACCGUAAGGAUAUCAUUCAAUCCUUCAUUGAAGCCACCAAAAACUGGAUCGAAAGCUCUGACGAAACUACCUCCAAAAAAUGGUUGGAUGCCAAAAUUUCCAUCAGCAAAGAGUUGACGGAAAACUACAGAAAACUUGAUCCGUAUGUUAGGUCCAGAUCUACAUAUGAUCUGAACGGAACUUUGAAGGUUUGA